AUGACGAGCACGAAAUCGCUGUCAUUGGAACAGCUGCGGCGGCGCUUCGACCGGCUGCGCGCUCUGCAGCAGCGUCUUACCCGGCCGGUGCCGAAACAUUUUACUGCAUGUGGCAGGAGGUAUGACUUGCCAUUGCGUUCGAAGACUGGGCCAUCCUUCACCACAGUUCCUCCGCACAUGCUCGACUAUCUGGCUGGCUUUUUUGACGGAGAUGGAAGCGUCAUAGAGGAGAAUGGCAUCCUUCGGCUCAAGGUUUCACAAGCAGAAUCCAGCAGCCAGGUGCUUCUGCUCUUUCGCAAUGUUUUGGGUGGCGGAAUCUAUGCAGAAGGCAACACAGUGGGGAUGAGGCAGGUGGUGCUGCGGUGGUGCUUGCUUGGUGAACGUGCAUGCCAUGCUGCAGAACUGCUGAGGCAAAGCUCCUCCUGUAAGUACGACCAGCUGCUUCUUGUCCGAUCCCAGUUGCAACGCCGUGCCGAGCUCAAGAGCUUGAAGGCUGUAGCACCGUCGAAAGCUGUGUGCCCCUCUUGGUCCUACUUGGCUGGGUUCUUUGAUGCCGAAGGGCACAUAAAGAUUGUGUACCCUGCCAGCAUAGUUCUGCAAAUCGAACAGAAGUUUCCUCAAAUCUUGCAUGCGAUCCGAGACUUCUUCCUGGACGCUGGGAUCACGUGCGUCAUCUACAAUCGCCGAGUGCACUACGCUCUCGUGAUUAACCGUACAUCUGAGAGCAAGAGAAUCCUGAGCAGAUUGUUGAUGGAAGGUCUCCGUGCGAAGCGCCUACAAGCAAGGAUCUGCUUGGACUUGGGUUCGAUCAAGUUUCAUGACAUUCGCGUCAUGUUGACGAAGCGCGUUGGCUAUCAGAGCCGCUACGUGCGAUUGACGUCCGCUGGAGCAGAGCGUGCCUACGAAAUUAAGAAGCUACGUUCGCGGUUGUGGAAGUCGCAGGCAAACUCGCCAAGCCAGCUCGCGCAGCUGAAGCAACUGCAAGAGGAUCACCUACUCAAAUGCGCAGAGGAGCGCAAUCAGCUCCUUCGUGCCGACAUACGAUCACAGCUGCAGCAAUAA